AUCGCCUCGCCGUUUGCCCUUCAAAUGACACUGCUUCUGUGGUGAGCAUAGCGAGCGGUUCUAUCAUUCCUCACAGACUCUAAUACUUAAACUCCAAUCAACAUGAGCAAAAUCGGUAUCAACGGAUUCGGCCGCAUCGGUCGCCUGGUGCUCCGCGCCUCGAUCGAGAAGGGAGCCCAGGUCGUCGCCGUCAACGACCCCUUCAUCGGUCUCGACUACAUGGUCUACAUGUUCAAAUACGACUCCACCCAUGGUCGCUUCAAGGGUGAGGUCAAGGCCGAGGGUGGCUGCCUCGUCGUCAACGGCAACAAGAUCACCGUCUUCAACGAGCGUGACCCAAAGGCCAUCCCAUGGGCCAAGGCUGGUGCUGAAUACGUCGUCGAAUCCACCGGUGUCUUCACCACCAUCGAGAAGGCUUCGGCUCAUUUGGAAGGUGGUGCCAAGAAGGUCAUCAUCUCCGCUCCAUCGGCCGACGCACCCAUGUACGUGUGCGGUGUGAAUCUCGACUCGUACGACCCAAGCCACAAAGUCGUGUCCAACGCCUCGUGCACGACCAACUGCUUGGCUCCCCUCGCCAAGGUCAUCCACGACAACUUCGAGAUCGUCGAGGGUCUCAUGACCACCGUUCACGCCACCACAGCCACCCAGAAGACCGUCGACGGACCCUCUGGCAAACUGUGGCGUGAUGGACGUGGCGCCGGCCAGAACAUCAUCCCCGCCGCCACUGGCGCAGCCAAGGCCGUCGGCAAGGUCAUCCCAGCCUUGAACGGCAAACUCACCGGUAUGGCUUUCCGUGUGCCGGUCGCCAACGUGUCGGUCGUCGACUUGACCGUCCGUCUCGGCAAGCCAGCCACCUACGACGAGAUCAAGGCCAAGGUCAAGGCCGCCGCUGAGGGACCCCUCGCCGGUAUCUUGGGCUACACCGAGGAAGAGGUUGUCUCCUCCGACUUUAUCGGUGACAAUCACUCCAGCAUUUUCGAUGCCGCCGCCGGUAUCCAGUUGAGCAACCAAUUCGUCAAGCUCAUCUCGUGGUACGACAACGAGUUCGGCUACUCAUCCCGUGUCAUCGACCUCAUCAAAUACAUGCAAUCCAAGGACUAAGCGCAUUUUACAAAAUCAGUCGCGUCAAGAGCUGGGAGUGUUGCGUUUUUGAUCCAGGAUCGUACUAAAGAUAACAGACAAUAGUUACGACAAGCAGCGUUGAGCUCUAACUAUUCACGGCAACAGCGUUUAUUUUUCGAUCAAAAUAUUCUGUCUGCUUAAUCGAAGAAAAAAAAUCAGCUAAAUUUUAGACAUAUGAAGUAUUUUCAAAGUAGCGGUUUUAACACAGUGUUAUUCAAAUUAUAUCCAAGAAAAAUUAAAAAAGAUGACACUGUGAUUACAUAUUUUGAACUUAGAGACUGGCUCUCUAGGAUGCUCAUUUUAAUUGCUGUUCACACAAUAUAUACCAAGUACAUUAGUGUUUUAUUCCUUGGAGAAAAUUGAUCUUUCAAUUUAUGCUUAUCGUUUCGACGUUCAAAAUAUGUUUUAACAAGGAACGAUAUUCGUUCUAAUUUUGUUUACGCUGAAUGUAUGAUUUUUAAAAAAAAAUUACUGUUCAGUAAAAUUGUCAUUCUCUAUUGAAAAAAUUAUAUUGUAACUUUUUUUCAAAUUAUUUUUUCAUUAUAACGUUAACUACAAUAAAUGUUGUUAUCGUCACAAAAA